UUUUUUUUUUACAUUGACACUCAUUUUUUCUUGUUCUCAUAUACAUUCACAUACUCUCUCUCUCUCCAUUAUAUAGACGCCUAUUCCUCCCUUAUCUCCCUUACUGUAAUAAACACACAUGGCGUCCAAUCGUUCCUUGCUCGCCACUAAGAAUGGUCUGAUUAAUACCUUGGCCUCAACUGGCCGUAGAGGUCAAGGUGCAGGAUUCAUCUUCACUCCUCAUUCAUGUCCCUGCCGUUUGAAUUCAAUUCCUCAAAAGAAGAUUUCAAUUUCUUCCCCAUCUGUUUCAUUCUUUUCAACCACUGCAAAGUCUUCGAAACCAGCAACAAGCACACCUACAGCUGCACCCAAGGCCACAUCUCCUUGUUCUGUGAGCUCUAAUGCUUCUGCUUCAACGAAAACCACUAGUUCUUCUACUCCACCGCCUGUUGUUGCUACCACUACCCCUUCCUCCGCCGCCGCUUCUGCUGCUUCUGGUGUUGCUCCUUCUUCCUCUACCCAUAUACCAAGAAUACUUCCUUUCUCCUAUGACCCUACGGGACUCUCCGCCCAAGCUGUUAAAAAACCCUCCUGUGAUAAUUUGAAUCUAAAAAAGUCAUUUUAUCGUCGCAAACUACCCGAUCAUCUAAUCAGUUUCACAAGUCCUCAAGGCAAACAAUUGUUUCGUGAGAUGCUUGAAGAAGGUUAUGGCGAAGGUUAUUUUUCUCUUGUGGGAAAUUUCACGACACAGAGUGAGACAGCCUUUUGUGGGCCCAGCUCAUUAGCCAUGGUUCUCAAUUCAUUGGAGGUAGAUCCACAGAGACAAUGGAAAGGCGCUUGGCGAUGGUAUAGUGACGAGUUAUUGCAGUGCUGUGCACCGACAGAACAAGUCAAGGCCAAGGGUAUCACUUUUAAUCAAUUUGCCUGUUUAAGCAAAUGUCACUGUGAUGUCCAAGUUCGUCGAGCAAACCAAACAUCAUUGGAGCAAUUUAAAAAAGACCUAGAAAUGGUCUGCAGUCGUGAUGAUAUCCAUAUGGUCGUAUCGUUUUCAAGAAAGGCUCUUGGUCAGACAGGAGAUGGACACUUUAGCCCUAUUGGAGGAUAUGUGCCCAAGGCAGGGAUGGUACUGGUGCUGGACACUGCAAGAUUCAAAUACCCUUCUUACUUUGUCUCUGUAGAGAAACUUUAUGAGUCCUUGUUUCCAAUUGAUGUGGAGACAGGGACAUCGCGUGGUUACUUUUUAUUGUCAGCCAACCCAAACCAGCCAGCCAUUUCAUUAUGCAAGAUCCCCAAGGCAACUAUCGAACCCAAUGCUCCAAUAACAGGAGAGGCUUCUACUAGCAAUCUCACAUCAGGCACGACAACGACUGUAACAGAAUCGAACACAGCCACAGUGAAUGUUGCCCAAGCAGUGGAUUCAAAAACUGUUCUGGCUGCUUCUACUACUACAACAAUGUCAGCGGAGCAUGCUUAUAAUAUCACCACUUCUGCUGCACAAGGAACAACUGCUUCAGAGACUUUUAAGAAUAUUACUAGUUGCUCCUCUACAAGCGCCACCAAAACACCCAAUCAUACAGCUGACAACAAGAUGAGCUGGACCUCAUUAGCACAGACUUUCUGUAAGGACCUUCCGAGUCGUAUUCAGAUGGAGAACCCACAGACAUUGGACCGGAUGUUUUCGGUUGUCUUACAGGGCAUUCCACGCGAGUAUGCAUUCUGGGUUAGUCAACAACAAGCGCAUCGACUUCGAGAUACGACCGAAUUGAUUCAAUCUGUCCGAUCCACAGAAUUGUUUUCGCUCGUUUCAUCCGCUUUCCCUGCGCCUGAUAAUGUUGAUAUAUCGAGUCAACAACAUGAGAGUGCUCUAGUAUUUGGAACACUUUUUUUAAUGAGCUCACCAAGCACCUUGUUCUUGACCUUACCUGUGGAUGUAUCGAAGCAAUUUGAAAGGCUUCGACGGGCAGCCUUGAAUGAUGAAGGCCACAACAAGGGACAGCAUCGUGUUCUGAAGGAAGAAGCAGAGAGGAUGCGAACUGGAAUUGUUGAUCUUGUGAACAGUUUUUGUAGCUGUGGGCCCAAAUCUGAGAUUAUGACUACAGCAACAACAAAAGUAUAAAAUAUAGACUAUGAUUGAUAUAUACCUUAUUCCUUUUUUUUUUCUUAUAAACUCCACUUUUAGACUUUUAGGAAAUAAAUAAUUCAAAAAAUAAGGAAAUAAGGAGAUGAGAAAA